AUGAUUAGAAAAUCAGCCUUCUGUCACCUCUUCAAGAGAUUUGCUUCGGGUCAUGCUUGUUCGUUUUCUUUUCCUGAUCACACUAUCCCAUACACAAACACUUUGGAUUUUAUUCGUCCAGAACGAUCAGGCUGCAUACGAAUUUUUCAAGUCGCUGACAAGAAUGGUGAAAUUAAAGUCCCUAAUUAUAAAUCUGAGUUAGACAAGAAUUUACUAAUGGAUAUUUUUACAAAGAUGAUCACUUUGAGAACUUUUGAUAAAAUAAUGUAUGAAUCGCAACGUCAAGGUCGAAUAUCAUUUUAUAUGACCAGCUAUGGAGAAGAAGCAGCGACUGUUAGUUCUGCAGCAGCGCUAAAGCCAGAGGAUUUCAUAUAUGCUCAAUACAGAGAAGCCGGAGUUCUUUUAUGGCGGGGGCAAAAAUUAGAAAAUCUAAUGGAUCAGUGUUACUCAAAUGUUGGUGAUAGGAAUAAAGGCCGUCAAAUGCCGCUUCACUAUGGAUCGAGGGAACUUAAUUUCUCUACUGUAUCAUCUCCUCUUGGUACUCAAAUACCUAUUGCGGCAGGAUCGGCUUAUUCAUACAAAUUAGCUGGUAAUGGAAGCAUUGUUGCCUGUUACUUUGGAGAAGGAGCAGCUUCUGAAGGAGAUGCAUUCACUGGUCUUAAUUUUGCUGCAACACUGCAGUGCCCUCUACUGCUAAUAGUAAGAAAUAAUGCUUAUGCUAUAUCCACUCCUAGUCGGGAGCAAUACAGAGGAGAUGGAAUAGUUGCUCGAGCAAUAGCACUUGGAAUUCCUGGUACAAGAGUCGAUGGAAAUGAUGUAUUCGCUGUAUACAGUGCUACAAAAAUGGCACGUGAAAUAUGCCUCAAAGAAUGUAGACCAGUAUUAAUUGAAGCUAUGACAUAUAGAGUUGGACAUCAUAGUACCAGUGAUGACAGUACAGCUUAUCGGUCAGAUGAAGAGGUGAAACAAUGGGAAGAAGGGGAUAAUCCAAUAAGUAGAUUAAGAAAUUACCUUUUAAAACAAGGCUGGUUGGAUGAAAAAGACGAAGAAGAAAUGAGAAAGAAAAUAAAAGAACAGAUAAUGGAAACAUUCGUUAGCUGUGAAGCAAAGAACAAGCCGAACCCUUUACUCUUGUUUACAGAUGUCUAUGCUAAAAUGCCUUCCAGAAUACGCCAACAAAUGUUAG